AUGCGGCUGGACUCGACCGAUAUCUCACAAAGACAACAGCGGCCUUCGACGAACGGUUCCUCGCAGAACGGGUCUUCCCCGCACGCAAAUGGCUCCGCCAAGAGCGAGACCAAUGGCUUCCAUACAAAUGGACAUGCGGACGGCGCGGCAAUAGUACGCAAUAAGGAGCCUUUCUUUGGGCAUGACAGAGAACAGGUCACAAGAAUUCUACUUCAGACCUUGACCGAUUUGGGAUAUCAGGCCUCGGCCGAGCACCUCUCGCGAGAGAGCGGCUACGAGUUGGAAAUCCCGAGCGUAGCUGCAUUCAGAAACGCCGUACUCAGUGGCGACUGGGAAGACGCAGAGUCUCUGCUCUUUGCGUCAGAAGUUGCCGAAUUGGACGGAGGCGUUCCUCUGGGCAAUGGACAUUCUGGUAGUCCGACAUGGCGGAAAGCUGGACGGCUGUCAUCUGGCAAUCAGAAUGGCUUUUCUCAAAGAGGUCUUCCCUUGACUGAAGAUGCAUCUGUUUUGUGGCUGAAGUUCUUGCUACGCCAACAGAAAUAUCUGGAGCUGCUGGAACGCCGGGAUACGAAUGCUGCUUUGAGCGUAUUGCGGACCGAGCUGACACCACUGAAGACAGACACGAACCGUCUGCACUUCUUGUCAAGUUUGGUCAUGUGCCACUCAGCGGCAGAUCUCCGCAGUACAGCAGAAUGGGAUGGUUCCGAAGGAGAGAGUCGAAGCAACCUCCUUUCGGACGUAUCGAGAUUCAUUUCACCCUCGGUGAUGAUACCGGAACAUCGACUUGCACAGCUGCUCAACGCCGUCCAAGAAACACAAAUUCUCGAGUGCCGAUAUCACAACACGACCGCCCAACCAAGCUUGUACACUGACCACGAAUGCUCGGCAGAUGACUUUCCACUGCAGCAACAAAUCGAGCUCAGGAAUCACUCGGACGAAGUUUGGUUUUUGGAGUUCAGCCAUGACGGAACAAUGCUUGCGACUGCUGGCAAAGAUGGGUUAGUCGUUGUCUACGAUACAGUAAAAUGGCGACCUCUACACGAGUUCCGCGAACAUGAGCGCAGCAUCUGCUACGUCGCCUUCUCGCCGGACGACCAACACCUGAUAUCCUGCAGCCAAAACAACGAAUUCGUGGUCGUCAAUGUCCAUACGGGCCAGCGAGUCUGCCAUGCUGACCAUUUCGAUUACCCAGUGACCACUGCUGCCUGGCUUCCGGAUUCGCAGACUUUCGUUGUAGGAACGCAAGGCUCACGAAGACCGCUAGGGCUAUACUCUUUACAGCAAGCAUCUGGGCCCAACAACAUUACUAGCUUCCGUAUCACGGACUGCGCAGUGACAACCGAUGGUAAGAGGAUGGUGGCCACUACGAUCGACAACCGGAUAAUGCUCUAUUCUCUCGAUCCAGACGUGCGAUACUGCAAAGUCGGAGAAUGGCAGAUGGAGGACCGGCUCACCUCGAUCAAUUUCUCGGACGAUGGCGAACUCAUGUUGGUCAAUAUGAAUGAGGGCAGAGUUCUUGCGCUUGAUUCCGAAACUGGAGAGAUCGUGCAGAGAUACGACGGUGCUCGGCAAAGAGACUUUGUCAUUCGGAGUGCAUUUGGCGGCGCUGGUCAAGGCUUCGUGAUCAGCGGCAGCGAAGACUCCAGAGUGUACAUCUGGCGCCGACAGACAGGUGCUAAUGUCGCCGCUCUCGACGCGCAUCAUCCUGGCACUGUCAACGCAGUGGCAUGGCAUCCGAAGAAUCCAGGUAUUUUCGCCAGCGCUGGCGACGAUCGAAAGGUUCGAAUGUAA